AUGCUAAAACGUCAACAAUUGACUCGUACGCGCGCUCACAUCUCGACGUUGAAUUCGACAGAGAAUUUCGACUUUGUUCACGUGUGGUCAUCGCGAAAAGAUAUUAAAAAGCUACGUGUUGCUUUUGUAUACCAAUGGCUUAUUGGAUAUGUUCCACUUUGGUUACUCAUAUUUGUAAUGUGUGCGUUUUAUCUAGGUGCUGGACAUAAUCCGAGCAGAUACACAGGCAACAUCGAUGUUGACGUGGUUGACUUCGAUGGUCAACAAGCAGGUAGCUUUUUUCUUGAUGCUUUUCGCACAACACCACCUGGAAAUUUGACUUUACACUGGCGAUACAAGUAUCCUGAUGAUUAUGGUAAUAGUGUUCGUCAAACUCAGCAAGCUGUCGAGGAUGGACAAGUUUGGGCCAUUGUCGUACUUCUACCAAACACAACAUCAAUUAUUAAUAAAUCUGUACUCGCUCUUAUCAAUUCGACAACAUUAGUUACCUAUCCAUUUGUUAACACGCUGCCAGUGCUUGUUACCUAUGAAGAAGGACGAAAUUCGUUUACUCAAAAUAGUUUUGUAUUACCACCUAUUCGUGCAGCUAUUGCAGUAGCGAGCAAUCGAUAUACUAACACACUACGUGCAUCAAUUAUUUCCAAUUUAUCUUUAACGUCUAACUCAAAUACUAAUCGAACAUUGCAAUUACAGAAUACGCUACGUCUUCAAUCUCUUCUUGCCAAUCCAUUUGUUGCAGAAUACAAUAAUCUUCAUCCCGCUCUUCCUUUCAUGGGUCAAUUCGCUACAACAAUCGGCUACAUUUAUUUCUUUUUAGUGACAACGAUUAUGGUUGGCUCGGUCAUUGGUGGCUUAAAACCUUUCAUGGGUAAAAUUCAUUACAUCGAUAUAAUCUUAUAUCGUGCCUUCAAUGGUAUAUUUCAAUCGCUAAUGGUUUCUUUAAUCUAUUCUCUUGUUGUUCUUUGGCUAUUCCACAUCACAUCGGGUCGUCAGUUUAUGCGAUAUUGGAUGUUCAAUUGGUUAUGUACUACCUUAUUGACUGUCAUGGUCGCUUUUUUUCUAACAAAUUUUGGCGUAUUUUCCAAUCUUUUUCUUGUGGCUAUUGUUAUUAUUAUGGUGUCAGCUGCUACCAUUCAAAUAUCACUUGAGCUUUCACCACGAUUCUUUCGCUAUGGAUACGCAACACCAUUGUAUCAGGCAAUGAAUGGUGGUCGGCAUCUUCUGUUUAAUUCACAUUCUCGUUUCGGAAUCAAUGUUGGAGUUUUAGUUAUUUAUCUUGGUGUGUUGAUUAUAUUGACCAUGUUGACUGUUAUAUUCUGGGUUAAAAGACAGCAACGAAAUAUACAAAAAGAAAAGAAUACGAAUAAUACUAUGCAUAAAAAGUAA